AUGAUGACAGAUGAGCGACCCGUCAAUCAGGAUUAUUACCUGGAGCAGCCGAUCGUUUCAGCUACAGGGAUGCGGCAGGGGCUGACAUCGUACGGAGAUGCCCACUUCUCACUUUUUCUGCGGAAGGUUUUCAUAAAGGCUCUAGGCUAUUCAGAAGAUGCAUUGUCGCGUCCAAUUAUCGGAAUCAUCAAUACAGGCUCUGGCUUCAAUCCUUGCCAUGGCAAUGCACACCAACUCAUGGAUGCAGCUAAACGGGGGAUUCAUCUACAAGGUGGCAUAGCCAUUGAUUUCCCCACGAUCAGCUUGCAUGAAGGCUUCUCGCAUCCCACCAGUAUGUUCCUUCGUAAUUUGAUGAGUAUGGAUACGGAGGAGAUGAUCCGGGCACAGCCAGUUGAUGCCUGUAUCAUGAUCGGCGGCUGUGAUAAGACGGUCCCAGCACAGAUCAUGGGAGGCAUAUCUGCCAAUAAACCAAUUCUUCCUCUUUUGACAGGUCCCAUGAUGCCUGGAAGUCAUAGAGGUAAGCGUAUUGGCGCUUGUACGGAUUGCCGAAAUAACUGGGCAUCCUACCGAGCCGGUUCAAUCGAUAUGGAGGAGAUCAUGGAGAUGAACGAAGAGCUAGCACCGACAAUUGGCACGUGUGGUGUAAUGGGUACCGCGAGCACAAUGGCUUGUAUCACAGCAGCCCUGGGGUUGAUGCCCUUACAAGGAGCUUCUGCGCCUGCUGUUUCCGCUGCUAGGCUACGUAUAGCGGAGCAGACGGGUCAGAUGGCCGUUGCCGCUGCCCAACACCAAAAAUGCCCGCAAAGGGUUCUCUCGGUCGAGUCAUUCUACAAUGCGGCAAUUGUCUUGCAGGCUAUUGGGGGCUCGACGAAUGCUAUGGUCCAUCUCAUGGCUAUUGUGAAUCGCCAUCCAGAUAUCAAGGGAACAAUUACCCUUAAAACUUUGGACCAGAUCGGCCGUACAACCCCUUUACUGGUUGAUCUCAAGCCUAGCGGCGACAACUAUAUGACCGAUUUCCACAAUGCAGGCGGAAUGCUCUGUCUUCUUCACAGAAAAAGUCCAUUCCGGGACUUUGAAUAUUCACGCACUAUUAUCCGUACACUGGACAACCCUCUAUAUGCAUCUUCCGCUCUUAUUGUGGUCCGAGGGAACAUUGCUCCUGACGGCGCCGUUAUCAAAGCCGCUGCAUCGAAAGACAAGCGGCUCCUAUAUCACAAAGGACCUGCAGUUGUCUUUGAGAACCCUCGCGACCUUGCGUUGCGACUCGAUGAUCCGAAUCUUGAUGUGUCGGAAGAGUCAGUUCUUGUACUGAAAGGCAUUGGUCCCAUCGGUAACCCGGGAAUGCCUGAAGCGGGGAUGAUCCCCAUUCCUCGAAAGCUAGCGGUACGGGGAGUUACGGAUAUGCUUCGUAUUUCGGAUGGGCGAAUGUCAGGAACUGCAGGUGGUACCAUUGUUUUACACGUCUCACCCGAAUCUGCAAUUCCUGAUUCACCCUUCGGAGUCAUUCAGACAGGUGAUAUCAUUGAGUUUAAUGCAGAAAGGAGAAUUCUGAGACUCGAUGUUGACUCGGCCGAGCUUUUGGCCAGGCUCGCACAACGCAAGCUGCAGAUCGAAGGAGACGGAGGUUCAACAUGGAAAGAUCGCGAGACCAGACGAGGAUACCGUGGUCUCUAUGAGAGGACGGUGAAUCAGGCUCAUGAGGGGGCUGAUUUUGCUUUUUUGACAGCAACGGGCUCCUAG